UCCGGUUAGCCUGGGAGAAUCUGAUGUGCUCAGUUUCUUGAAGGUUGAGGGUAAUUUUGCACUUACUGCUUGGUAAAUGUGUUAACUGGAAGUACAGAUGUGUAGAAUGUGUAGUUUAUUGGUGCUUUGCUGGAAUGAGGCGCAGCGCCGAUUGCAUGCGGUUGAUGUUAACAUUGUAGACGAAAACAAAAGACCACAGAGGGACUCUGCAAAAAGAGAACUCCCCCUUUUAUCAAAUAAACCCUCGGUGUGAUCAGUGCAAAUGGACUCACAAGCAAACUCGGGACCGGUGGUGUGUGAGGUCUGUGGAGCCUACUUUGAGUCACGACGAGGCCUGUCGAGCCACGCUCGCCUCCAUCUGCGCCAGCUCGGCGUGACUGUGUCAGAAAACAGCGGGGCUCCCAUACAGCUGCUCUACCAGCUUGUUCAGGAGAAAGAUGACUCUCUUCCGAACGUCAAACCAGAUGCGGCUGCACCUGUGUCUCCGCAGUUGCCUAAGAAAACGUCCCAGCAGGAGCCAAAGACACCCGCACCGCAGGAGGACACACCUACUUCCUCCAAGACAGUGGUGAAGGUCAUGACAACUCAGGGAUCUCCGUCCAAGCUGAAAGAAGCAGGAGCGUCUCUUUUCCCAUCUUCUCCCUCUUCUUCUAGACCAUCUGAGGGCAGCAGCUCAUCACUGUCAGAACCAAAAACAAUCACCAAGCCACUGUGGGCACCGCUGGAAACUGACGCCCCGAUUACUUUAGCUUCAGAAACGAACAGUGAGAUCCACGUCUGCCAGCUUUGCGGCUGCUGGUAUGAGACGCGAAAGGGGCUUUCUAGUCACGCUCGAGCCCAUCUCCGACAGAUCGGCAUCCCUGACAGCGACAUACAGGGUAGCCCCGUUGAGUUUCUGUACCAGAUCAUGAAGGAGCAGGACUUUGAGCCGAUCAGCAACUUGCAUCAUGAAGGGCUUUCAUCAAACAGUCCCUCGAAGUCCUCUAAACGUCCCUCUGAUUUUACCUCUCCUCCUGUGUCUCCUGCCACCAAACGGCCUAAAACGUCGGAGGAUUACACCUGCGUUCUUUGCGGGGAGAAGUUUGAGAACCGAAAAGGCCUGGGCAGCCACGCGCGCUCUCAUCUCAAACACAUGGGAGUAAACGACUUGGUUGGAAAGAGCUCCGCGAUCGAAGCUGUGCAGGAGCUGGUCAGCAGCGGGGUACUAGAACCAAUGCAUGCUCCAAAAACAUCCAGCACAGCCAGCUCAUCUGCAGCGCCGUCCCCAGCUCCGCCCUCUCCUGCAGUCCCUGCUCCGUCUCCAGCUGUGAGCCAAUCCAGGACCUCAUUUACCCCCACUGGUCUCUCUCCGAGCCCUUCCACCAGCUCUCACUCGCCUCAGCCUCCGUUAAACAGGGCGCCGAAGGCUAAGAAGGGAUUUCGACUAGCUGUGGACCCACUUCUUAGAAAACCAAAGCCUGAGCCUGUGGAGACAGAGAUUUCUGUUCAACCAAAGCCAUCCAGCGCAGACGGUAGCUCUUUCAUGCCGAAGUCGCCCACAGCAGCUGUUUCCACAAAACCUCCUCACUCAGACCCCCACUCUCCGCCAACGGUCCUGUGCGACUUCUGCGGGCAGCUGUUUGACACCCGGAAAGCGCUGUCCUGCCACGUUCGCGCUCAUCUCCGACAUCUCGGCCUCAACUGGUCAAUCAGAACCUCCCCGAUCGACCUUCUGAAAGAAGUCAUGCUGCGCCGUGAAGAAAGGAAGGAGUCGGUACCGAGCGGAUUUUCAGCAGCGGGCAAGGCAUCGUGGAGUACUCAAGGCUCCAAAAGGCCCCCCAGGGAGAGCCUCACAUCGAGGGAAGGAGCUUUCAACUCUUCAAUGCCUGUUGAUUAUUCAAUGAAAGACAAAUCUCCAUAUGGGAAAACUGGCGCCUCAAAUGUUGAUGCCACCUGUGAGCUCUGUGGAUUUGACUUUGAAAACCGCAAGGCGUUGGCCAGUCACUGUCGGGCCCACCUCAGACAGCUGGGUUUGUAUGAAUGGAAGGCGGAUGGAGCAACCUCGCCGAUCGAAACCCUCAGCGAGCUGAUCCGGCGAGACCCGAACAAGGUGGCAGAAAUAACCAGACGCUACCGCUAUGGAGAUCUUUACAUCAAGAAGUCCCAGAGAUCUGCUUCUUUGCCCUCGAUGUCGAUGAAUUCAGACGCUGUGCCGAGCAGCAGCCAGACCUCAUCUCUGCAGCAUCAUGAGCACAAAGCAAGCAGGAAGGACCACAGCAUCAGAACAGCAAGGGUGAUCCAUGCCCCUCAACAUGGAGUGUCGUCAGGGGAUGAACAUCGCCACUCACACUCUCGGCAGCCGUCACGGUCCGGCAGCAUCCCUGCUCUGCUGCCAAAGCCUCCCCUGACUCCACUGGUCAAGCUGGUGGGUAAAAUCUACUCCCUCAAGUGCAGGUUCUGUGAUGAAGUAUUUCAUGGACCUCUGUCUGUUCAAGAGAAGUGGAUCACCCACCUGCAGAAACACAUCCUGUCUCUGGGCUACAAGGGCAAAGAAGCUCCUCCUCCUGCUGCUGCUGCUGUUGCUGUUGCUGCAUCUGCUCCUUCAGCCCCUCCGACGCUCGUCCCCCCGGUAGCUGUAUAGACCAAUAAAAGUCACUAAACAGUGCUGUGAGUUUCUCAUUUCAAAUUCCAUUAGGAAGCAAAGUCUUUGUCAGCAUAAAAUAAAAGACAUGUUCUCUUCUUGUCCAUGAGAGGGCAGACAUGAGCCGUGUGAGAGAGAGAGACUGCUCAAUAUAAUCCACUCAGGUAAAAUCCAAUUUUUGAUACACAAGGCCACACGUCUGAUCAUAAAGUGUCCUCCUCAUGCUCUUAAAAGUUAUUUUUGGGCAAAUUAAAUGUCUUAUUUUGUAUGUUUUCUACUUACUGGUCUGGAUCACAUUUACAUUGUAUACUUUUAAAUUGCCUCAUGCAUUUAAUACCUUGUCAUUUAUGAUCUAUUUUAUGUUGAAAAUAUAUUUAAACGUUUUUCUGCUUUUUCAAUUGAAAAUGUUUUUAAAAAAUCAAAUUAUGUCACAUAUUUAUUUUUUUAAUAGUUUUUUGGUAAUUUCCAAACAACAUGCAUUAAAAGCUGAAUGACAAUUCAACAUUCAUUACUCAUUGUUUUGAUAAGAGGCUUCACUGAUAGUUUAUUAACAUCCUUUUCUACUGAGGUAAAAAAACAGCAGGUUGUUAGCCGUAUUCAUGCAUACCUUCCAUAUAUCCAGGGUGUUUUCUGUUGAGUCAAUUUUACCUGUAAAUAAAAUUUGUCAUGUUUA